CAAUUGACUCUGCACUUGCCCUGUAGACGUCUCCUGCUCUCCCGCACCAACUGCGAGAAAGCACAGCUCAACGCAGUCCCCUUUUUUGGGCCCCACUGCUUGGCCAGACCCUCCCGGAAGAGACGUCGACUGGCAAGGGCUCCGGGGAGGAGUCCAGAGGUUGGCCCUCCCAUCCCGGGACACCCCCGGAGCCGCGAGUUCCCUGCCACCCAGCGGCAAGCUUCAGAGCCCCAAGGAGCGUUAACAGGGAUUCCCUCCGCUCCAGCUCCGGGCGCUGCGCUUGAGCACCAAGGCCACACCCUCACAAGCCAGGCACCGGGGAGAGAGCGCUGGCUUCUGAAUUACCUGGAUACCUGAGGCAUUUCCAAUGAAACUUGGAGGAAUUUGAAGCAAGAUGAAAAAUUCUCCAGCUUGGAAACUGGUACUCAGCAAACAGCUUACGGAUCUUCUGCUGCUUUGGCACCUGCUCCUACCAGCAUCUGCUGCCGGGAAGUGCGUGGUGUCAUCGCACAGCUGUGAAGUGGGGCAGAACAGAGAAGCAAACGGAACAGCAUAGAGGAGCCAGGCAACUGAAUGCGAGGCUCCAGGGAGGUAUCCAAGCAAGGACUGAAAUAAUGAAGAGACACAUGUGUUAGUGGCAAGACUAACUUUUGAACCACGCAAGAAGGAAAUCAGCGGUGUGGACAGGGCUGGAACCAUUGCCACGCUUGUUUGUUGGAGUAAAUGAGGAAUGGGCUUGUGAUUAUGCUGACAUUCCAGCAUGAAUCUGGUAGACCUGUGGCUGACCCGUUCCCUCUCCAUGUGUCUCCUUCUACAAAGUUUUGUUCUUAUGAUACUGUGCUUUCAUUCUGCCAGUAUGUGUCCCAAGGGCUGUCUUUGUUCUUCCUCUGGGGGCUUAAAUGUCACCUGCAGCAAUGCAAAUCUUAAGGAAAUACCCAGAGAUCUUCCUCCUGAAACAGUCUUAUUGUAUCUGGACUCCAAUCAGAUCACAUCAAUUCCCAAUGAGAUUUUUAAGGACCUCCAUCAACUGAAAGUUCUCAACCUGUCCAAAAAUGGCAUUGAGUUUAUCGAUGAGCAUGCCUUCAAAGGAGUAGCUGAAACUUUGCAGACUCUGGACUUGUCUGACAACCGGAUUCAAAGUGUGCACAAAAACGCCUUCAAUAACCUGAAGGCCAGAGCCAGAAUCGCCAACAAUCCCUGGCACUGCGACUGUACUCUACAGCAAGUUCUGCGGAGCAUGGCGUCCAAUCACGAGACAGCCCACAACGUGAUCUGUAAGACUUCCGUGUUGGAUGAACAUGCAGGGAGACCAUUUCUCAAUGCUGCCAAUGAUGCUGACCUUUGUAACCUCCCUAAAAAAACUACCGAUUAUGCCAUGCUGGUCACUAUGUUUGGCUGGUUCACCAUGGUGAUCUCAUAUGUGGUGUAUUAUGUGAGGCAAAAUCAGGAGGAUGCCCGCAGACACCUUGAAUACUUGAAAUCCCUGCCAAGCAGGCAAAAGAAAGCAGAUGAACCCGACGACAUUAGCACUGUGGUAUAGUGUCCAAACUGACUGGCAUUGAGAAAGAAAUUUGUGUGCAAUUGCAGUAGAAUAAGUGGUUUACUUCUCUCAUCAGUUGUAAACAUUUAAAACUUUGUAUAUCAGUUUCUUUUGAAUUAUGCCACUGUUGAACUUUUAACAGACAUGACAACAUAACAAAUGAUUUUAGUUUAGGUGAUCCGCCUCUCCAUUGUACCCCACCCCCGUGAUAUAUCCCUGAGUCAGCUACUAUCUGAACAUUAUUUAGCUCCAUCUCACUAUUUAAUAAUGAAAUUUAUUUUUUUAAUUUAAAACCAAAUAAAAGCUUAACUUUGAACCAUGGAAAACAGAGUGACUUAUUGGUCAAGAAAACAGUAUAGUGAUUCCAUCUGCAUAGGAAAGGGAAACGAACAACCCUGGUGAACCUAAAGAGCUAUCAGAGUGAAAGAUGUGUUAUUAAACCCUGUUGUAUGUACACUGGGGAGCCAUAGCCGAAUUAUUUACCAAAUAAAGCAUCUGUCAUUACUUUAGAAUACCGAGCCUUGGUGAACCCAGGUGAUAGAUA